AGUGAUUGAAAUAGUGGUAGAUUAAAUGUCAAAUGGCGUGUCUGCUCAAGAAGAAUACGAUAAACUGACGAAAUUGAAAGAUGAGCUCCUCAAGCAACUAGAUUUCAUAGAUAAGAGGAUGGAGCAAUUGAAACAUCAAAUUACUGAUGAGUAUGAUAACAAGCUAGUUGUUACUUCAGAUCCGGAGUUUGACGAUCCUAACACCGAUCCACGCUACGAGAGGUCGAAAUACCGUUCGAAGGUAACGAAAGAUGACACACAAAAGUUGGAACAAUCUCGACCCGAAUCGAGUGUUAAGGGUCUCUUGAAAGGUCACAAACUCAUAAGCUCUUCAAUUUCUCAUCGACAUGAAGCUCUACAGAGAGAGAGAAUGGAGAAAAACUUAAAAGUUGAAAAGCAAAGAAAGUUGUCAAGAUCCCAAAGCGAUACUUCUGGAUCCAUUUCUGCGCUAAACGAAUCUUUACAAAAAGCGAAAGAGGCUAGGAAGGUUGCACUACAAAGAGAAGAUGAGCGGAAAGCAAUUCAUGCGAAUGAGCCUUUUCGGCCUGGUUUUGAGAUUCACGAAUUACCAUUGAAUUUUGAAGAAAAUGUUGUUUCUCAUAAAACUGAAAUGGGUGAUAAGUAUAACCCCGAGAAUGAUCCCGCAUUUGAUAAGUACUCUCACAUGUAUGUUUCAAAAAGGUAUUUACCACGAGAAACUCUAGAUUGCCAAAUAGGUAACACGAAAGUGUUUAGAACAAAAUCAUUGUUAGCAUACAUGUCGCUAAAUGACGAGCUCAUCAUGGAAACCAAUUUUAUUUUAGUGGGAAUGAUAUCAUACAAAUCGGAUCCGGCACUCUCGAAUGACGGGAUAUCAAAAUAUUUGAGGAUUCGACUCACUGAUUUUCUUUUUGAGAUACUUCUACUGUUGCAGGGAGAUGCAUACAACAAAUUUUGGAAGUUGCCGGUGGGUUCCAUUAUUGCUGUUUUAAAUCCGGAAAAAGUAGAUUCAUACUCAAAAUCAGGAAGGUCUUAUUCGAAGAGUGCCAAUUCAUUCAUGUUUCGAAUUACUAAUAGCCUUAGCAUUUUAGAGUACGCAAGGUUUCGGGAUUUUGCACACUGUCGUGGAAACGGGUCCAAAAAAUGUUCUCAAGUGGUUGACAUCAAAAAAUCUAGGUAUUGUGACUAUCACCAAGAAAAGAGAGCAGAUAAAGCAGCGUCAAAUAGAAAUGAAAUGGGUACCAACUAUAGAUUAUUUGCUCCAGUGGACAUGAAUGGAAAUAAACAAGUUAUGGUUGUCACUCCUCAACAAGCAGAAAGUCUAGAGCUAGUUCAAGCUUACAAAGAGAAUAAUCAAGUGAGGAGCACAGGUCUUGCAAUUGAAAAUGUAAAAUUGAACCCCCCUAUCAUUCAAAAUAAAAAAAUGGAAAUGUUGAUACCAGAUUUUUCUGAUCCACAGACCAUGGAGAACAUGAAAACAGAGGAAGAAAGAAACAGAAGCAAAUUCUCAUCCAUAUAUGCAAGUCAAGCGUUCAAGCAUUCAAAUAGGGUGAACAAAGAGGCUUUACACAGGCAAGAAAGACUAAGGGAACUAGAUAAGAGAUUAAGAAAGAAGAUGCUCACAGAAGAUCCUCGACUUAUGAAAAGAUAUGAAAAAGCUAGGUCCGCUACGGACUUGAAGAGAAGGAAGGAGAAACUUGGUUUAAAUCUAAAAAAGGAACUUGAUGAAGCAAGUAAAAAUGAAAAAUCUUUGAAGAAGGAUAAACUUACAGUUAGUGCCUUGGUGAGGGAAAGAGAGGAAAUUGAGGAGCAAACAAAAAGCUACAGAGUCAAGAAGUCUUUAUUGCCUCAUAAUGACAACAUAGAUGUAGCAAUCAGUGCUGGUGGUUUGGAAAAAGAGAUACAGCUUAGCAGCGACAGCGAGAGUGAAAGUGAUUCUGCUAGUUAUGGAACCGCCAAAAUUCUAGAUCACCACAGUGACUCUGAUAAAAAUUCUCGUAAAUAAAAGAGUAAUAAAUUACGUAGUAAAUCUUGUAUAAUAAUAAAUGGGUAUCUAUUUUAGCUUCUACACAAAAAUUUGUAAGCGUCCAAAG